AUGUCUCGCGGCUCCUCCUCGGGCUUCGAUCGCCACAUCACCAUCUUCUCGCCGGAAGGGCGCGUCUACCAGGUGGAAUACGCGUUCAAGGCCAUCAACAGCACCAACUUAUCGGCGGUCGCCGUCAAGGGCAAAGAGACGGCGUGCAUCGCCGUGCAAAAGCGCGUCCCGGACAAGCUGAUCGUGCCCGAGUCGGUCUCGUCCGUCUACCAGAUCUCGCCGACCGUCAGCUGCUGCAUGCUCGGCAUCAUCCCGGACUGCAAAUUCCAGGUGCGCCGCGUCCAAAUGGAGGCCGCCCAGUGGAAGUACAAGAACGGCUACAACAUGCCGCUCGAGCAGCUCGCCCGCCGCAUCGCUGACCUCAACCAAUUCUACACGCAAAACGCUGAGAUGCGCUCCCUGGGCUGCGCGAUGUUGAUGAUCUCAUUUGAUGACGAGGAUGGGCCGCAGGUAUAUCGUGUCGACCCGGCUGGGUACUACCGUAACAUGAAGGGCGCCGGGCUGGGCGUCAAGGGCAAUGCGAUCAAGCUGGCGCUCGAAAAGAGGAUGAAAAAGCAAUCCGAAUACGACCACGAUGGAGCGAUUCAAUGCGCUCUGGAAACGCUGCAGGAAAGCCUCGGCAACGACCUACGCUCCACCGAUAUCGAAGUGAUCUACGUGACCAAGGACAAGCCCGGCUUCAACCAGCUGCAAUCCCACGAAAUCGAGGCCCACCUGACCGCCAUCGCCAAUCGGGAU